AUGUCCUAUCAACAGCAGCAGUGCAAGCAGCCCUACCAGCCACCUCCCGUGUGCCCACCUACGUGCCCCGAGCCAUGCCCAUCCCCAAAGUGCCCUGAGCCAUGCCCACCCCCAAAGUGCCCGGAGCCAUGCCCACCCCCAAAGUGCCCCAAGCCAUGCCCACCUCAGCUGUGUCAGCAAAAAUGCCCUCCUGUGCAGCCUCCUCCACCAUGCCAGCAGAAAUGCCCACCCAAGGGAAACUAA